AUGGCCUGUCUCUCCCUCCCCCCUUUCCCUUCCUGGACCCAUGCGAGUGAGCUGAACCCAUGGAAAGGUGGUGGGCUGCCACCUCUCGUCCUACCGCAACAACAGGGGCCACUUCGCCUUCGCGUUUGCUUUGUUCUCCUCCCCUCCCCUCUUCACCGCCACCACCUCUUCUUCCUCUCUCUCUCCUUUCACGUCCCUCCCUAUUCCCGCCUCUCCCUCCUCGCGUUCCCUUCCCGGACCGGCCCUCCUCUCCCCUUCUUCCCCCACUCUCCCUCUACACCCUGCAGGGCGGCGCACAUGGAGGGGGAGAGGGGGGAGGAGUUUCUGAUCAUCUGUGCGAGUGAGCUUGUUGGGGCGGCGCACAUGGGGGGAGAGAGGGGGGAGGAGUUUCUGAUCAUCUGUGCGAGUGAGCGCACAGACGCGAAGGUGGGCAACCGCCACGCGCCCUACCGCCACCACCGGGUUACUCCCCUCCCCUCAUGCCUCAUCAACACAACCUCUCUUCUCCCUCUCUCGCCACUCCCGGCGGCACACAUGGGGGGAGAGAGGGGCGAGGAGUUUCUGAUCAUCUGUGCGAGUGAGCGCACAGACGUGAAGGUGGGCAACCGCCACGCGCCCUACCGCCACCACCGCGGCGACUUCGCCUUUGCCUUUGCUCUGCUGUACACGUCGCUGGCGGCGGUGCUGCCGCGCGUGUCGGCUCUGCUGGACAUCGCCCAGGGGCCCUCGUGGGAGCAGCCGGGCAAGCUCAGUGCGAUCGUGCAAGAGCACGAGCAGGAGGUGAGGUUCAACCCGGGGUGGCUGGAGGAGGGGGAUGACAGGGUGGUGGCGGAGCUGGUGGGGUCGCAGAUGCUGCCCCUCGUGCUGCAGCCGGGUCGCAUCAUCCUCACGCCCUACAGCGUCUACUUCCAGCCGUUCAACGUCGUCUCGUCCGUGCCUGUCGUGCGGCACCCUCUGCGGACCGUCACGGCUGUCAUGCGGAGAUCGACACAUCUCCAAGAGCUCCCUCUUCCCCUCCACCCCCCUGCUUGCUCGUUUUCCCUUCUUAUUCACUCCUCUCCUCUAUAUCUGUUUUCCGCCACGCCCUCCCACCCCACACUUUUCCCUGGUUCGCCCUCUUCCCUGGUUCGCCCUCUUCCCUGGUUCGCCCUCUUCCCUGGUUCGCCCUCUUCCCUGGUUCGCCCUCUUCCCUGGUUCGCCCUCUUCCCUGGUUCGCCCUCUUCCCUGGUUCGCCCUCUUCCCUGGUUCGCCCUCUUCCCUGGUUCGCCCUCUUCCCUGGUUCGCCCUCUUCCUGGUUCGCCCUCUUCCUGGUUCGCCCUCUUCCCUGGUUCGCCCUCUUCCCUGGUUCGCCCUCUUCCCUGGUUCGCCCUCUUCCCUGGUUCGCCCUCUUCCCUGGUUCGCCCUCUUCCCUGGUUCGCCCUCUUCCCUGGUUCGCCCUCUUCCCUGGUUCGCCCUCUUCCCUGGUUCGCCCUCUUCCCUGGUUCGCCCUCUUCCCCGUUCUUCCCCAUGAUUGAUGUCUGUACCGCCCAGCCCCCUCUCUCCCUCGUUUCCACGUUAUUGCUGUUUGUGUUGCACAACCCUUUCGUCCCCUCUCCCAUCAUUGCACAGUGUACCGCUUUCCUCCUCUUCUCUCCUCCUUCCUCCGCCUGCUCCCCUGGCAGCAUUGACUCACGUUCACAACAGCCCAGGGCUGUGUUGCUAAGCAACGGCUUCAUCCCGCGCCCCCUCUCCCUCUCUUCCGCCCCCCUCCUUCCUCCCCCCGCCUACCCCGCCUGCUCCCCUGGCAGCAUAUACUUCACGUUCAAAUCAACCCAGGACUGCUCCCGGUUCUAUUCGCUGCUGCUGCAGCAGCCCGGGCUAUCAAUAGAGAGCAUGCGCAGCAGGGACAAGUGGGUGAGGGAGUGGGUGAGUGGCGGCAUCUCCAACUUCGACUACCUCAUGUACCUCAACCGCGAGGCCAACCGCUCCUUCAACGACCUCUCGCAAUACCCCGUGUUUCCUUGGGUUAUUGCGGACUAUACCUCCAAGUAUGUGCGGUCUCGCUCGUUCCUGCUCUUUCUGACACUCCCUCUCCCUCCCUUUGCCGCCUCCCCCUUCCCUUCCCCUCCCCGCCCCCUCCAUCUCCCCUUCCUGCUCCCCCUCCCCUUCCCCUUCCCAUCGCCCUCCUCUUUCUCUUCUCCCCUGUCUGCUGCUCUUCCCCACGUCCCUCCAUCUCACACGUCUCUCCAUUUCAAGUCCCUACCCUCCCGCACACACCUCCUAUGCUUUCAAUCAUCACCUUAUCUCCUACACCUACACGCCCCUCCGUUCCUCACAUCUCAUCCCUCCCCCAACUCUCGCCGCCUCCCCCUCCCGCACGCACCUCCUAUGCUUUCAAUCAUCACCUUAUCUCCUAUACCUACACAUCCCUCCGUUUCUCACAUCUCACCCCUCCCCCCAACUCUCGCCCCUUCCCCCUCGCCCCCCCCUCCCUCCUGUCCCAUUGCCCUAUUGCGCCCCAUUGCACCAGGGAGCUGGAUCUUAACCUCCCCAGCCACCUUCCGAGACCUACGCAAGCCCGUGGGCGCACUCAAUCCCGACCGCCUGGAGAAGUUUCGGCAGCGCUACGACGAUCUAGCAGAGCUCUACGAGGACUGGGCGGGAAACUUCCCGGAAGGCGAGGUGCCGCCGCAUGUGCCGGGCACGCCGUCCCCGGCGUUCCUGUAUGGGUGCCACUACUCCACGCCCGGCUACGUGGUGUAUGUGCGCGUGCGCGACGCCCCCCAGCUCAUGCUGCGCCUCCAAAAUGGAAGAUUCGACAUGCCUGAUCGCCUCCUCUCUUCCAUCCCCGAGAUGUGGGAGGGGGCAUACAACAACCCAUCCGACCUCAAGGAGCUUAUUCCAGAGUUCUACUCUCUCUCCACGUCCUUCCUGCUCAACUCACAAGGGCUGGACUUAGGCGUCAAGCAGGACGGGGUGCCCGUGGGGGAUGUGGUGCUGCCGCCCUGGGCCACAGACGCCCAUGACUUUGCUGCCAAGAUGCGCCAAGCGCUGGAAUGCCCCUAUGUGUCAAAAAGGCUGCACCAUUGGAUCAACCUGGUGUUUGGCUGCAAGCAGAGGGGCGAGGCGGCAAUAGAGGCAGACAAUGUCUUUCACCCCCUCACCUACGAUGACAUUGGGGCUCAGGUGCUGGCAUCAGUGGAGGACGACACAGUGCAGCAGGCGCUGACAGUGCAGAUGAGGGAGUUCGGCCGCACGCCCAAGCAGCUCUUCACCGCGCCGCACCCGCGCCAGCUGCGCAAGGAAGUGCGCGUCAUUCACAGAUACGUGCGCACAGCAUCGCGCGCCAUGCGGCUGCCAUCGCUCUUCCGCCAGUCCACGGUGGACUCACACAUUGUGGUGCAGUCACUCUCCACGCUCAACCGCGUCUCCACCCACCGCUCCCACCUCGACACAAAGUUGAAAUCCCGACGCGGCUACAAGACUAUUCUGAUGAGAGCGCUGAACCCGUUGGUGGAGCUGGCGCUGCCAGACCGGUCGGUGCAUCGCGCCAUAGCACAGCUACAAAACCGUUCUGAUGGGAGCACUGAACCCGCUGGUGGAGUUGGCGCUGCCAGACCGGUCGGUGUAUCGCGCCAUAGCACAGGUGGCACCGUUGCAGGUGUUGGGGAGGCUUUGAGACGCAACCCACACCACCUCCCCUCUCUCGUCCUCAUUCCCCCCCACCCCACCAGCUACAAGACCAUUCUGAUGGGACCACUGAACCCUCUAGUGGAGCUGGCACUGCCAGACCGGUCGACCGGUCGGUUUAACCGUGCCAUCGCGCAGGUGGCAGGGGGCGAGAAGGACAGGGAGGGGCAGGAGUUUGGGCUCGAGUGGCUGGAAAACACAGCCAUGUACAGAGAAGCAGACAUGCUUCAAAUCUCGAGUGCCAAGUAUAUGCUUCCUCUCAUGCCUCUCGCUCACUCCAAGCAUGCCGACCAGCGGGCGGCCGCCAUGCGGGCGGUUGCCGCCCUCUGCAAGCCAGACGCCAACCGGCAAUUCGUCUAUUCUGCGGGCUUUCUAGAGCCCAUCGAGGCAGCGAUCGUGGGCGGAUACGACCGGGGCACCAAGGCGGCAGUGGAUGCGAUCGCGAAGCUCUCCGUGCUGCCGGAGGUGGUGGAGGAGUUCAGUACAGCUGGUGUGCUCUCAUUGGUCGACCUCCUCGUCAUGAGCGACAACUCGCUGCAGGCAGUCGAAACCCAGGCACUGGCAUGUGAGGCGUUGUGGCGCCUGUGUGGGUUGAAGCGCCACCCGCCUUCCUGCCCUGGCCCGGGACGUGCUGCCACGCCUGCUGCCGCUGGUGCGAGCAGGGGAGCACUUCACGGUGGAGCUCAGAGAGAUGGCGCUCAGAGCGCUGGCUGCUGUGUGCGUGGAGACCAGCAGCCAAGAGGAGUGCUGCUGCUGCCGCUGGUGCGAGCAGGGGAGCAUUUCACGGUGGAGCUGAGAGAGAUGGCUCUGAGGGCGCUGGCUGCUGUGUGCGUGGAGACCAGCAGCCAGGAGGAGGUGAGCCGGGCAGGUGGGGGUGCAUGUGAGGAGCUCAGAGAGAUGGCUCUGAGGGCGCUGGCUGCUGUGUGCGUGGAGACCAGCAGCCAAGAGGAGAUGCUUCAAAGAGGGGGUCUCAAGGAGGUCCUAGAGAUCUGCGCCAUGGAGGCGGGAAACAUCCUGGAAGCUGCCAUUGCCGCGCUCGCCGCCCUCUGCCGCAACCCCGAGCUGAGACUACAAAUCGCCGUGGAGGGCGGGCUUCGUCUCUUGUGCAACGCAUCGUGUGCCGCCGAGGCGCAGAUACAGGAGGUGGCGGCGAGUGCGCUGCAGAGCCUGCUGGGCGACGGGGUGAUUCUGAACGGCGUGAUCCGGGAAGAGGGGCUGUGGUCGAUUAUCGCCAUGGCCCAAUCGCACCACCACGAGGUGCAGAGGCUGGCGGCCCGCGCCUUCUGGUACCUGGCCAUUCACUGCGAGAACAAGCGACAGGUGAUGGCAUUGGGAGGUCUCCAAUCCCUACUAGCAUUAGCAGCACUGGGGGAGCGCAACCGGCACGCCACGCUGCUGGCGGAGGAGGCGCUGCUGCGCCUCUCAGAGGACCGCCACAUCCACGCCCACCUCUUGAGGGAGCAGGCCUUUCUCGCCCGCACUGCUGCCGCUGGCGGCGCUGCUGCUGCUGCUGCGUCUGGUGGUGGUGGUGGUGGGGGUGUUGGUGGUGGUUCUGGUGGCGGUGGUGGCGCUGGUGGUGGUACGAGUGGUGCUGAUCAUGGUGGGAGUGGUGGCGGUGCAGAGAGUGAUGGUGACGGGGGCAGCAGGGGAAGCAGAAGACAAGAAGGAAGAGAAGGCGGAGCAGGUGGAGCAGGAGGAGCAACAGGAGGAGCAGCAGGAGGAGCAGCAACAGGAGGAGCAGCAGGAGGAGCAAGAAGGCCAAGCACAGGCUCGUCCCUGAGUUCCUCGUCAGGAGCAACAGCAGGCUCUCUGCACCCAAACCUCUCAGCAGCAGCAACCCCCACCGCCUCCACCUCGGCCCCAUCCCCCUUCCCUCUCUCCACCUCCGACUAUGAAGGCUUCUCAGGAUUCUCUGCUAGCAGUCCCAGCGCGCAGUCAGACCAGUCCUGGGCGUUGACUUGGUCAAACAGCAGCAAGUGGGAGGCGCCUAGCCCAGGUAGAAUGUCUAUUGAUAGUCACACUGUAUCGGUCGCGCCCUUUGUCCCCUCGUCGCUGUCGGUUGGCUCGUCUAGUUCAAAUGCUGCUGCUGUGGCUGCCGCGGCUUCUGCGGCUGCCGCUGCGGCUGGUGCUGCUGCUGGUGCUGGUGCUGGUGCAGGGGGCAUGGCAGCAGCAGGCAAGGGGUUGGUUUAUCAGCGACCCUUGACGCCCCCUUUUUGGUCCAGCUCUGUUCUGUCUCCCGCCACCACCUCUGCUGCUUUUGAUUCCACCCAUAAGCAACAUCCUGCCGCUUCCUCUGCUGCUGCUGCUGCUGCUGCUGCUGCUGCUGCUGCUGCUGUGACUGCAGCUGCUGCAGCUCCAGCUGCUGUUGCCACCACUGACAGCCACAACAUCAACGCCUAG